CCACCAGACUCUGGACUGGAACGUGAAAGGACUCUCCGGGAUCCUGGGUGAUCAUCAGGAAUAGGAGGAGAUGAACCAGACUUAGAACCACUCAAGAUAUUUCCAACAGUGGUGUGUAACCUACUGUGAUUUGGAGUUUACCGCUCAAUGGGAAACUCUCCUUGAAGGAUCAGGGAGAAAGAAAAGUCUUCAUUGUAAGUUGUUAUCUUGGAAAGCGGCUCUCUUGUGGAUCCAGGCUGUAAUCACAGAGGCUGCGCCCAGCAGAACUGAUAAGCUAACGGACAAAAAUCACUGCAUCAGAAACCUGAGCUCUGUAACCAUGGAUGAGGAAGCCGAGGUAGCACACUUGAAAGACUGGACUGAGCUUGAACCCAGCUACCCUGUCAAAAUCGUUCUCACAGUCUUUUACAGCCUCAUCCUGGUGACGGGCAUCGUGGGCAAUUCAGUCACUAUCAGAGUGACGCAAGUGCUGAAGCGCAACGGCUACCUGCAAAAGAACGUUACUGACUACAUGGUCAGCAUGGCCUGCUCAGACCUGCUGGUGCUCCUCAUUGGCAUGCCGGUGGAGCUCUACAGCGCCAUCUGGUCCCCGUUCACCACAGCAGGAGGGAAUGUGUCCUGUAAGAUCUACAACUUUCUUUUCGAGGCUUGCAGCUACGCAACCAUCCUCAAUGUGGCCACGCUUAGCUUUGAGCGCUAUGUGGCUAUCUGUCACCCGUUCCGCUUCAAAGCCCUGGGUGGAAAACGCACAUCUGCCCUCAUCUCCUUCGCUUGGCUGGUGUCUGUCCUCGUGGCCCUGCCCCUGCUGAUUGCUACAGGAACGCAGGGACACAUUCCCCUUAAACAAGACCUCCCGGUCCAGAAUCUGACCUUCUGUACGAACCUGCGGGAGCGCUGGGUGAUGUACAGGGUCAGCAUCUUUGUAGCCUUCAUCGUCUACCUGGUGGUGUUGGUCUGUGUGGCCUUCAUGUGCUGGGCCAUGGUCCUCGUCCUCCAGAAGCCUCUAGGGUCCGGCGACGGCAGCACCAACGGGAUCCAAACAGCACCCAAGCAUGAAAGUUCAAAGAUCAAAACAGCAAGGAAGCAGACCAUAAUUUUUCUCGGUCUCAUCGUUGGGUCCUUGAUGGUGUGCUGGCUUCCCAACCAAGUACGUCGUCUUAUGAUGGCUGCCGUGCCCAAAUCCCGCUGGACUACUUCCUACUUCCGGAGCUACAUUGCUCUCCACCCAGUGGCCGACAGUUUUUUCUAUCUGAGCUCCGUCAUCAACCCGUUCCUUUACAACCUCUCCUCUAGACAGUUCAGGGAGGUGUUUGUCCAGGUGCUGCGGUGCCGCCUCACCAUCGAACACAUCAACAAGCGCAACGUGCGUAGCUCCCAAGCUGCCUCUGCACGCUCCCUCCGGCCUUUGCUAAAAAAGUCGUUGCUUCGCAGCAGGGCAAACCACCCCACUCUCGCUACCGAGAAAACUCCCCCCACCUUUACAAGCUUCCAAAGUCAAAGUGACUCAGGAGUGGCUUCAAAUACUCAAACGUCGCUCAGCCUGACUGCAGAGUCCGAUCUCCAAACAAAGACAGACGUACCAUCAGAGACUGAAGUAUAAUGUACAAUUUAAUGCAACACAGUGAACAGUCAAAACAACUCGAUGAUUCUUGUGCUGCCAUCAGAAAACAACUGAAAUAUUCACAGUUAAAACAGUACCAAACGUUAAGUCAGGUAUAUCUUUAAAAGAUCAGGCUCAGCUGACAAUUUGGCACAAUAGCAAGCUUCAUGGCUCUCCUCAAGUGUGAACUUGUUAUCAAGUCAGUAAAGAUUAUACAAAAGCUCAAAUGAUCAGUUUAGCAUGAAGACCCAACACGUUGAGUUGAAGUUAAAGGUACCCAGCAUUUGACCACUGGGGGUGCUAUAGAGCAGCGAUUUGGCCUGCUUCUCGUGGGUGUCACAAUAGUACACAAAUGGUAUAUACAGUGAUUAAGAAGCGGUGACUCGUUUCACUCUUUUGUUGACUGCACAGGGCUAAACAGUUAUUGUGCAGUCCGUUCAACAUCAGUCAAAUUUUAAAAAGUCAGGAAGUAAAUGAAGUAAAUUAGAAAAAAUGUCUUGAGGAGAAAGCAGGAAUUCAUUAUGUUCAAUGGGGAAAAAAGUACACCAGCCUGAGCAAACCAAUACAUUUUACAGUGCAUGCACCAAGUCAGCAGUAAACAAUCAGAUGACUCAAUGACACAUAAAAUAAAGCAGAAGUUUUGUACUGGGAGGACAUUCAUCGCCACUUGUUUAAAGUCUAAUUUUGUAUAAUUCCGACAGCUGCUAGAGGGUGCUGUCACUUUAUUCCUAAACAAGAUAUGAUGUUAUUUUUCUUGAAAGGGUAAAGUAUAUACUGAUACGCGCUUGCUGCUCCUCAAUAUAAUUUGUCCCUGGGCUACUUUAUUUAAAUUAGGGGCGUCAAGUGCGAAACUCCUGGAAAACGUUUUUAACUAACUUGUCAAAUGAAGACGGAUUCAGCAACUGCAAGAUUCAAGCUUCCAGUGCAGACAAGCAUCGUUCCCCGUGCUUAUGUUCCAUUAGCUGGCGGAAACAAAAAGCAGCGCAGGUCUCAAAAAAUUGUCUUUAGAAAUAUACUCAACGUGUUUGUUCGACUCCAAGGACACACACACACAACUCCAGAGGGUUCCUUUAAGGUCAGGUCACCUCCAAACCUAACACCUGACCCCUGAAAAACCCAAUGGGAAAAACCAACUUCUUGAAUGGUUUGCACAUCACAUUACCUCUGUUCAUAAUAAAUGCGGCUCUGAAUAGAGGUAUGCAUAGCAUACUGUUGUUUGCCACACGUCAUAUUCACUGAUCAUAGGAAACAUCUUAAACAACAAUUUGAAAAGUCCCUCCACUAAAGGACUGAAGUACUGCUGCUCCUCUUCACUUCAAACAGUUCCAUUGUUGCCACCAGAGAUGCUAUGAAUAUCUUGGAACUAGUUAAAAAAAAAAGAGUUGUGUACAACAUGCUCUUUUAGCUAUAUGAAGACUUUUGUGAGCAGACGGUAAUGCUUGUUACAAACCAUUGGAGGAAGGUAAAGCACUUUUUUAUGCGUCUACCCAUGAGAAGAUGUUGUAUCUGUGAGAGUUAUGAGGGCUGUAGGUGGCUUUAUUCUAAGAACUAGAUUAUGUUUUCCUUUACACAAAGACUUUUCCUGACUUAUUUUUCAAAAUCAUUCAAUCGUAUCAUUGUCAUACAUACGAUACAUUUUCAGUUCAGCAUUACAGCAAAAUUAGUGAUGCUCAUGAUAACGGAUCUCAUUUAGAAGAAAUCAGACUUAUUUAUUCUAAAGUUAUUCUAAGCCUGAGUAUGACGAAUCCGACCUCGCUUUAUUACCUUCAAUAUGUUGUAUUUGUUCUUGUUAUGCAAGUAAACAAAGAAUGAGCCACCUGCUGCCCAACAAAAAAGCCAGAAGCUGUUCCUCGGCACUGUCCUCCACCUCACCCCGCCCAGCUGUCCUUGAUGAUGACCUUGUUUGUUACAUGAACACGUGAUUAUAACAUUUCGCAAUUUGAGCCUUUGGAUGCCAGCUGCAACGGAAAGUGAGUCAAGAGAACAAAUACUUUGCAAAGCUUCCCCAACCUAAAAGAAAAUACAUUUCACAGUAUGCGCUCUUAACUGUCUCAUUAAAUACAGUUCAUGUUGUCUCCACUGCCAAUGCUCAUCUUACACACUGUGGAGCUCUGUCAGCACAGGGUGGAGGGCAGUAGGAGGAUGUAAAGAGAAAACACAUUGAGGUGCGAUGUGUUCAGGGUAACGGCAGCUGACGGUUGGGGUCGUUUCUUUUGCCGCAGUCCGUUACACAGCGGCGUGUUGCAGCAGGUGAUGCACACUGAGUUAAGCUUGCCGGUACAGAACUGCUGGUAGCCAGACGAAGCGAUGAGACAGGCUCCUGAUGAGGCGCACAACUUGCGGUAGUGUAUCCCUGAAAAUAAGGACAGAAACUAGGGCAUUAGGCUGGUAAUGAGAGGGAACAAAGAGAGAAACAGUGAGAGGAAGGCAUGUAAUUGAAGAUAAACAGGAUGUAUCCUUUCAACAAGGUGAACCCAACUUAAAGGAAACAUCCCUGCUUAAUUGGAAUAAUGCUCCUUUUGGGGCCAUAAUACUUAGCUUUCUCCUGUGUCUCUUAAAGAUUUGCAUAAAAUUGUCCUAUUGUCUAGUUUAAUUAGUUCAUGAUUUGGAAAAAUAGCCCCUUUUAUGCUUAUUAAUUGGUGCUCUCAGUGGGUGCGAGUUCAGUGGAGCUUUUGAUACAAACACUAGAGCCAGAAACGCUAACUAGCUGACCAAUGAUUUUUGUACAGUAACUUUAAGCCUAGAUCAUGAACCUCAAACUUCUGAAUUUUGGAGGUUACUUUGAAAGGUUACCAAUAUUUUUUUUUAGAAUAAACAAAGAAAUUGCAGACUGGUAAAUCAACCAGUGGUCAGCUGCACAGGCAGCAGGGUCCAUGGUUUCUUACCCGUUGAUCCAUCAACACCAGACUACAUCAAAUUUUUAAAUGGUUAUGAAACAAUCCCAAUAUAAGACUUGUGUCUUUAUAUGAAAAAAAUAGAGUAACAGGACAAAUAAUUGUUACUUCCCACUAUAAAUAUUGCUAAAGCCUAUUUGGUUGGCUGCUCAAUAUUUCUGAUCAUUAAAAGCGAGCAUGUUUUCCACUAUUCAAAUUUAGCGUCUCAAUUACAAACUUCAGAUGCAUCUUUCUAACCAAGCUAGCUAGCUGGCCUGCGCUAACACAAGUUGUUAUGUCUGAUGCUACUUCCACUACAGUCCAUGGGUGUUGGCCGUUAUUCUGGGACAUCUGAUAAUGUUGGUUGGAGCUAAUAACAGUACAUGAUCUAAGGUAACAUUGGAAAAGUUAUCCAUGUAUCCAAACUUUUUUUUUUCUUUUCGUUAGAGCAUUUCAUUUAUUAGUUUCCAAAAAUAACAACACUUUUACUAAAAUAAAUACAUUGCCCACCCACCACCUACCAGAAUAAUCAAUUAGUUUCUGAUUGGUCCCUACACAUGCUUGGAUCCGUGCCCAGAAAGAGCUUCAAACACCUUGACACUUAUAUUUUAAAUAAAUAUUUUACUACAACCUAGCUCUGUCUUAUCUACAGUUGAUUUGAUCAAUGAUGAAUGUAAGGUUUUGUGUCUUUUGGUAGACAAAAAUAAAAAAAACUAUUUUCAAGAUCUCCUGAAAAGCAUUCUUCCCAGGAAGACUGACUCCAACAGCUAUGAUCCACAUCACAGUGAAGUUUAGUUACGGAGCACGGGAAUGAAAAGUACCCUCAGCUGUGACCAUAUAUAUAUUUAAUCCCCAUUUUGAAGUAGAAACCACUGAUGUACUUGAAAAGCUUGUUGAAACAAGUUGUUGGAAAGAUCAGUGGAGGGAGACGGUAACAUUUGGUUGACAUUUUAUUUCAAUGAAAUUUGGAUAACAGCACAUGAACUUCCAGCAGCCCUUUUAAUGUGUCAUGCCUCCCCACCCCGAGUGCAACAGAUACUGCUAUCUUCAGAAGUAUUUUCAUUUGAAAUGUGUGUCCUCCCAUGUCUUAUAUACUGCAAAUAUCAUUGGAGAUCCCAGAAGGUGUUUAGUGUGAAAUGUUGCAAAGCUCUGGAAGCAAAUGUCCCGUCUCCCCACAAAACCUGACUCUCACUGUGUUCAUAUAUCUCACAUUUUAUCUGUCACACUCUGAAGGGCUGGAAGACGAUUCUGAGGAUCUCUGUCAUUUUUCUGCUCAAACCUUGAUAUGGCCCAUCACAUUAUGAACUCAAAAAGAGAAAUGUGUGGGACCAAGUAGGAAAAUGCUGUGGUUGAAAAUAGAUAAUCCGUGGGUUUUUAUCUUGAGUAGCAAUUGGAAAAUAGUGAUAUCCCGGGCAGUCAGUGGAAAAUGAGCGGCGGUAAAAGUCACUGACAGAGAAUACAGAUUUUAUGAGUUUUUCUCACUUCAAACCAUCACUUAUCAUGUGAUUCUUAGACCUCUGCUGUUUCCAAAUAUGUUUUAUCAGGAACUAGACUUUAAGUUUAUUUUAUACUUCUCAGAUUCUUUAAUUAGUGUGUAUUGUGAGGAGUGUUCUAAGUGGCUGAUUGAUUGGGUGGCCUCACACACUCUUUCUCUUCAGCUGAACCUACUGACAGCUCAAGUUCAGACACUUAAGCAGUCUGUAGUCUGACUGCUGCUCCAGAAGUUGUUUGUUCUGUUAUGUCUGUCAGGAGCUGGGACGUCUGAAACAGAAGGGAAGAAAUGAAGCAGACACUUAAGUUUGCCCAAUAGUGUUUUUUGCUUAGGAAGGUUCCUAACUGAGUGAAAUGACCCUGAAGUACGAGAUGUUUGAAUUCUGUAGAUGUUAGCAAAGAAGCUUCAAUGCUUCCUUCAGCAUAGGAUACACUAGACUAGUGGUUUUCAACUGUUGGGACCCAUUUUGAGGCGGUCGUAGAUGUGUGAGUGAAAAAAACGUUUGAGAAAAAAAAUGUUUUGACGCAGAAAUUUUAUUUUGAAGGCCAGAAUUUCUAAUGAUGCGCGUGCAGAUUGCCGUUUGACUGGAAAUACCGGGGACCAGAAACGCUUUUGAAAACUGCUCUCACGUAGUGAUCAUUUUCUCUAUAAAACAUCUUAGGUGAUGCUUCUCGAGUCUUCUGGCCAAUCAUAAUCAAGUUAACGGCAUGGAGUUGUUGCUGGAAGUCCCCACGGUCUAACUUUGACGUAGAACUACUCUUUAUACAUCCAAGGGUCCAACUUCAAAUAGAAAGGAACACGUAAUGAAAUAAGACCCCCAGUUUGAUGAUUGACAGGUGUGUAUGCUGUCUGUCAUUUUGACACACAGAACAAUGGGGGCUAUCUUCCCUUAUCCUUAUUUAAAGUUCUUCACACAGCCUCUCUUCUUUCUCCUCCUCUCUCUGUGAGGAGCAGCAGCUUCAGCUGUCAGUACAGGAACACAAAGUCCUUUAAAAAGCAUACUGCAGUUCUGUGAAGGGAUAUAAUCAACUUUGCAUAGCACUAACAAUGUUGAGGAUGUGGGUUUGUUCCCAUGGACUCCAUAUACUGAAAUAUGGUAUAAUGUACUGUAUGAUAUAUGCACUGUACUUCCCUUUACUUAGUGUAUGCUGAGAAGCAUAUAUAUAUAUAUAUAUAUAUAUACACAUAAAUGUUAGUGGAUCAAAACUUUGGGUCGCGAUUUAUUGACGGAGGAAAAAAGUAGUUCCUGACGCUUGAGCUGAGAACCAAUGCACUAAACCAGGGGUAACCAACAGGUCAAUCGCGAUCGACUGGUCGAUUUUCAAAGCCUUCACUGUCGAUCCCUAGCAUGGUUGGUUGGUUGUUUUAACAAGCUUUUUAGACCUAGCUCUGGCUUCUUGAUUUGAAUCACACAUAGGUAAUUUUACAAACUUCAAUUGGUUAUUUGAUAUGCUGAGGUCUAUGCUGAGGCUGCAUGCAAAAAAUCAUAUCCUAACGGACAUCUUGAGAAAGUAGUAACUUUAAACUGUGCCAAGUUCUGCCAACCUUAACUUACAGUUAACAUCGGUAUGGCGCACCUACUGUAGCCAGAGGAGUCGAGUCAUUGUCCGAAAAUGUAUCCCAGCAAGUAUUAAAAGACUUAUCUUUCUCUGAAUACUUUUCAAUUCAAUUUGACGAGUCUACCGACGCCACAGACACAGCCCAGCUAAGUGUGGUUGUCCGAAUGGUUUUCACGGAUUUUACUGUCAAGGAGGACUUUCUGGCCCUUAUCCCAUUGAAAGAAAGAACCAGGGGUGAGGACGUGUACAAGGCAUUCAAGGACUUUGUUCUUGAGUACAAGAUUCCCAUUCAUCAAAUAGUGUGCUUCACAACCGAUGGGGCACCGGCGAUGAUCGGUGUUCGUUCAGGAUUCGUCGCGUUGUGCAGAAAAGACCCAGACUUUCCACCAUUUGUAAACUAUCACUGUGUGAUACAUCAACAGGCAUUGGCAGCUAAAGCAAUUGACAUGUCACAUAUAAUGAAUGUCGUUGUUAAAAUAGUCAAUUCAAUUCGCACCAAAGCGUUUCAGCACCGUCUAUUUAAGUCUUUAUUGGACGAACUCGACUCUGCAUAUGGAGAUUUGAUCCUUCACGCAGAUGUAAGGUGGCUCAGUCGGGGCAAGGUGCUCCAGCGUUUCCUGAUAACAGAUAACUGUGCAUAACUGUGUUUUUCUUUGUGUGUAUGUAUGCACGUACAUUCAGCCUGUUGUAACAGAAAUUGAUUGCAAAAAUAAAUAUAGGAUGAACAGUCUUA